GGCUCUUGCAGCCCUUUGAAGGAACUUUCUCUCCUUCGCUCCUUCACAACAAGAUGGACUGGACCGAGGACGACGGAGCGGGCCACGGCCACAUGCAUGACGGCUGUCAGCACGGACAUGGAGGUCAUUCUCACAGUCACGGGCCGAGAGCCGCGCACCCCUUCAUGACGGGCUUUCACGGACAGUUCGGCAAAAGCUCAGAGCAGACGAUGAACCUCAGCCAGCAGCCGAAGAAACGCUCCCACAUGGACGACAGCAGCACAUGGGACAUCGUGAAGGCAUCGCAGUUUGGUAUCCUGGAGCGCUGUAAGGAGCUGGUUGAAGCCGGUUAUGACGUCAGACAGCCAGACAAAGAGAACGUCACUCUGCUGCACUGGGCAGCCAUCAACAACCGCUCAGAGCUGGUCAAGUAUUAUAUCUCUAAAGGGGCCAUAGUGGACCAGCUCGGAGGAGACCUGAACUCUUCUCCUCUUCACUGGGCGAUAAGGCAGGGCCACCUCCCCAUGGUGAUCCAGCUGAUGAGAUACGGAGCAGAUCCCUCCAUCGCAGACGGAGAAGGUUACCGCGCUCUCCACCUCGCCAUCCUCUUCCAGCACAUGGCCAUAGCAGCUUAUCUCAUGGCAAAGGGACAGGAAGUUGACGGUCCUGACUGCAACGGACAGACGCCACUUAUGUUAGCCGCCCUGAAGAUAAUUGGGCCUGAACCUACAAACUUCCUAAUCAAAAAUAACGCCUCUGUGAGCGCUGUGGACAAAGUGAACAGGAACACUCCUCUGCACUGCGCCGUGCUGGCAGGAAACGUAGACGCUGCCCACAUCCUGCUGGAGGCCGGGGCCAGUGUGGACGCAGAAAACAUAAACGGUCACACUCCCAUCGACGUGGCCCACCAGGUGCACAGCCCGCUGCUCAUCCACAUGCUGAAUCACGUCAAACAGGAGAGGAUUCGCUCUAAUACACGCUGCCUACGACUCCUCAACAGAUACAGGGUUUUUCUACAGUUUCUGCUCUGCACUGCCUUCUUUGGAAGUGUGGGCGCCAUCAUAGAUAUGAACUCUGAGUCCUGGCUGCUCAAAGGGAUCCUGCUGGCCUGUGUGAUAGGUCUGAUCAAUCUGGCCUUAAGGAACUUCCCCAGUCUGGACUUUCAGUCUCUGCUACCUGCUUCAAUUCUCAUGGCCUCAUUCUUCUGGAUGAUUGUUACCUGGUGCCUCUGGUUCCUCCCAGAUGGGCCCAGCGCCACUGUUCAGGUCUUGUUCACUCUGAAUGCCACUGCUCUGCUCUACUACUACCUCCGAACCUGCAGGACUGACCCCGGCUUUGUGAAGGCGACCGAGGAAGAGAAGAAAAUCAACGUGUUGGUGUUGGCUGAAGCCGGAUGUCUGGGGCCCAGAAUAUUCUGCACUUCUUGCAUGACAAAGAAACCAAUGAGAACCAACCACUGCUUUUCUUGUGACGCCUGUGUUGCCAAGCAGGACCACCACUCAGUCUGGACCAACUGCUGCAUCGGUGCGAGGAACCAUCACUACUUCAUCCUCUUUCUGUUCUCUCUCAUGCUGAUGGGAGCCUGGAUGUUCUACGGUUGUCUCAUCUACUGGUCGACCCACUGCACGCUGCAUUACGAGGAUCAGGGUCUGUGGGGGGUGGUCUCUGCCCUGGUCACCUGCUCCUGGGUGCUCAGCAUCUUCCUGCUGGCCUUCUAUCACACCUGCUGGUCUAGCUCGGUCCUGGUGCUGCAGCUCUACCAGAUUGCCUUCCUGGGACUGACCACAGCAGAGCGAACCAACCUGACACUCCACCAGAUGAAGCUCGGGAAAUCUGUUUCCCUCAAACAAAACCCUUACAAUUUGGGUGUGGUGAAGAACUUGGUCUCCUUCUUCCACCUGCGUUGUUGCGGCCUCUUCAAACCGGCCAUCAUCGACUGGACGCAGCAGUUCCCUCCUGGCCGCGACCAGCACAUGUUCGGACACACCGACAUGGCCUCCACAUACAAUAAAGAAACAUCAGUAAAUAUCUCUACAGUGGGGCUCAUGAAUGCUUUGUGCCUUUAUUGGAGGGACAGGACAGUGGACAGAGCCACAAACCAGGGACCGAGAGAGUUGAGAACGACAUGCGGGAAAGGAGCCACAGGUCAGAUCAGAACCCGGGUCGCCCGCCUAGAGCAGUGAUUCUCAAAGUGGGGUCCCCGAACCAUAGCUUGGGGUCCGUGUAAUAAUUUACAAACAAUUGUAAAAGUGUGCUAUAUCAUUGAAAAAGGAUAUCUACAAAGUUGGACCUCUUGGACCCAUAAAAUCUGCUAUUUUGUCCAAUACACCCGCCCACUUUAGUUUUGUGCCAUUAGAUAAAUUCUGAUAUUAUCGUGACAUGUCUGUCACUUCACAGUGCACAACGAUAAAAAAACAUGGCCAACAUUUUCCCAAAGUUUAUAAGAUGAAUGACUUGGAAAGUAUAAAUGUAGCCUAAUUCUAUCGUUGCAAAGUACUACAUAGUACAUUAUUACAUAGUAUUAAUAUAUGCUUAUCAACGUUACGAAAAUGGGUCCUUGGAAUAAUUUCUCACCUGAAAGGGGUCCAUGGUCUAAAAAAGUUUGAGAACCCCUGGCCCCAUCUGCAUUGGACUACAGCCUAUGCACAUGGGGUGCGUCCCCUAACCACUCUGCCAACAGCGCCCCAAGAAUUUCAGUUUUACAGUGUGAUUUCCUGAAGUCUUACGGCCUUUUAGUUAAUCACUGUGUGUGGAAAAUUCUCCUUACAAGAGAACUGUUCUCCUUUCUCCUUACCCAUAACUUAGAUUUUAAAAGUCUAAAAGGUUGAUAACCAUUGUUUUAUAUACAGUUGUGUUUAAUAAUUUCUCAUUGAACAUAAAUGACUUGUAGAAUUGUGUAUGUUUGCUCUUAGUAAAAAACCACAACAACA